AUGUUGGCUAAAGCAGAAACUAACAGAACUUUAAACUUCUAUUAUGAAGAUUAUAAGAAUAAGUAUAUGUAUUUGAACUGUUAUAAUUCUAUUAUAGUAAAUAAAGCAAAUACUUACAAAGAACAUGCAGCUAAUUGGUAUUACUUAACAUGUUGGAAUCAAAGCAUGACUAUACUACUUUGGAAUUUAAAAGAUAAAUUAGUAGCAAAUGAUGAUAAUCUUUCAUAG